CCUUUGGGCUUCCGCUUUGUGCCUUCUGCAGGGGCAAGAGAGAGAAAGAGAGAGAAAGAGACCUCUGUGGCCCUCAGGAUGACGACCCUGGACGACAAGCUCCUGGGCGAGAAGCUCCAGUAUUACUACAGCAGCAGCGAGGACGAGGACAGCGAGAAAGAGGAGCGAGACGAGGAGUCCCCCCGCUCCGUGUGUGAUGCCGCCGUGCCCAGGGAGGUGACGCUGAGCAGCGACGGCAGCGCCAUAAACACAGGCCCUAAAGGCGUGAUCAACGACUGGCGGAGGUUCAAACAGCUGGAGACGGAGCAGCGGGAGGAGCAGUGCCGGGAAAUGGAACGGCUCAUCAAGAAGCUGUCCAUGACCUGCCGGUCACACCUGGACGAAGAGGAGGACCAGCUCAAGCAGAAGGAACUUCAGGAUAAGCUCAACGGCAAGCUGUCGCUGCAGGAGUACCGCCUGCUGCACGAGAACGGCGGUGGCGACGAUGACGAGGCCUUCCUGCAGCAGUACCGCAAGCAGCGGAUGGAGGAGAUGCGGCAGCAGCUGCUCAGCGGGCAGCAGUUCAAGCAGGUCUUUGAGAUCCGCAGCGGGGAGGCCUUCCUGGACGCCGUCGACAAGGGGCACAAGAACACCCUGGUGAUGAUCCACAUCUACGAGGACGAGGUCCCCGGGGCCGAGGCCCUGGACGGCUGCAUGGUCUGCCUGGCCGCCGAGUACCCCGCGGUCAAGUUCUGCCGGGUGCGGAGCUCCUUGAUUGGCACUAGCUCCCGUUUCACCAGCAGCGCCCUGCCGGCCCUGCUGGUCUACAAGGGCGGGGAGCUGAUUGGGAACUUCGUCCGCAUCACCGACCAGCUGGGCGAGGACUUCUUCGCCGUGGACGUGGAGGCCUUCCUGCAGGAGUGCGGCCUCCUGCCGGAGAAGGACCUGGUUCUCCUCCCCUCCCUUUGCCACGCCUCCUCGGAAGACAGCGAUCUGGAGAUCGACUGAGGCUGGGCAGGGGAGGCGGGUCGCCCUCCGCGAGCCCGGCCAGGAGCCGCAAGCAGCAGCCUCCACCUGCGCCCGGUUCCUUGCUCGCUCCCGGAGGGCACUUAAGUCGAGCGCAAACUGACCCGUUCCCGAACGGGCAGCAGAAGCACCCGAACCCUUCAACCUGUCCAGCGGGCCUCCGCGCUUGUCUUCUCUGCCGUCCGUAGUGCCCCAGCCUUUCUCUGGCUCCUGGUGGCCCUUGACAACGCCCUCCGCCCCAGCUGCCACGCUGCUUUUGGGUAGUGCAGGUGCAUAGAAUCGUCAGCGGGCCUUUUGACGUCGGCUGCCAGCAACCGCCAGGUGCAGGAGCGUGUGUGUGGGGGGGGGGAGCCCAUGCGGGGAUCCCACCCGUCAUUUAAUGGACGGCACCAUCUGGGGCUUCAAUCACUGCUGAAGCGACUGGUGUGGACUGUAGGUCUAGGGCUGCGCUCUGUCCCCCUCCCCGUGUUUGUUCACCCCUUUACAUGCCGUGUCCUCCUCAAAGCGGGUUAUCUGUGCUCCUGUGGGUGUUCGUUUCCGUGUCUGUCCUGUGCUCCCCUCUCUCCGCUCUUCCUGAGUGGAUUUGACUGUUUUGCUAAACUCUUUUACUAUGUGUAAAGAACUCCCAAGGUUUUCUUAAAUUAAUGCAAUAAAAUAUAAAACGUUAA